GAAAGGACAAAAAUGGACAUGCACUGAAUCUGUACCUCUGCUGAGCCCUAACUGACACGCCCGAAACCUUCCCAUGGGUCCAGAGCUGCCCCUAAAGCAAGACUAGAGGCAAAACCAGCCAGCAGCCCGUUCCCCUCCCAUCCCAGCCUGGCCCAGAUCACCCAGUUCCGAAUGAUGGUGUCCCUCGGACAUUUAGCCAAAGGAGCCAGCCUGGACGACCUCAUCGACAGCUGCAUUCAGUCUUUUGAUGCAGAUGGAAACCUGUGUCGAAGUAACCAACUGCUGCAAGUCAUGCUGACAAUGCACCGAGUCAUCAUCUCCUCUGCAGAACUGCUCCAGAAAGUGAUGACCCUCUAUAAAGGUGCCUUGGCGAAGAAUUCACCGGGCCUUUGUCUGAAGAUCUGCUACUUUGUAAGGUACUGGAUAACAGAAUUCUGGAUCAUGUUUAAAAUGGAUGCCAGCUUGACAAACACUAUGGAGGAGUUCCAGGAACUGGUGAAAGCAAGUGGGGAGGAGUCCCACUGCCACCUGAUCGAUACAACUCAGAUCAAUGCUCGUGACUGGUCCAGAAAACUUACUCAAAGGAUAAAAUCAAAUACCAGCAAGAAACGGAAAGUAUCUCUGCUCUUUGACCAUCUAGAACCAGAAGAGCUAUCUGAGCAUCUCACCUACCUGGAGUUCAAGUCCUUUCGAAGGAUAUCUUUCUCUGAUUAUCAAAAUUACCUUGUAAAUAGCUGUGUGAAGGAGAACCCCACGAUGGAGCGAUCCAUUGCCUUAUGCAACGGCAUCUCCCAGUGGGUACAACUGAUGGUUCUCAGCCGCCCCACCCCGCAGCUCCGGGCAGAAGUCUUCAUCAAGUUCAUCCACGUGGCUCAGAAGCUUCACCAACUGCAGAAUUUCAAUACGUUGAUGGCUGUGAUAGGUGGUCUGUGUCACAGCUCAAUCUCCAGACUCAAGGAAACAAGUUCGCAUGUCCCACAUGAAAUCAACAAGGUUCUCGGCGAGAUGACUGAGCUGCUCUCCUCCUGCAGAAACUAUGAUAAUUACCGUCGAGCCUAUGGAGAAUGCACACACUUCAAGAUCCCCAUACUGGGCGUGCACCUCAAGGACCUCAUUUCCCUGUAUGAAGCCAUGCCCGACUACCUGGAUGAUGGGAAGGUCAAUGUGCACAAGCUGCUGGCCCUGUACAAUCACAUCAAUGAGCUGGUCCAGCUGCAGGAGGUGGCCCCACCACUGGAGGCCAACAAGGACUUGGUGCACCUGCUGACGUUAUCCCUGGAUCUCUACUACACUGAAGAUGAAAUCUAUGAGCUCUCCUAUGCCCGGGAACCAAGGAACCACAGAGCCCCACCACUGACACCUUCUAAGCCACCAGUAGUAGUAGACUGGGCCUCUGGAGUUUCACCCAAGCCUGACCCGAAGACCAUCAGCAAACAUGUGCAGAGGAUGGUGGACUCUGUCUUUAAAAACUAUGAUCAUGACCAGGAUGGAUACAUUUCUCAGGAAGAAUUUGAAAAGAUUGCUGCAAGUUUCCCGUUUUCCUUCUGUGUGAUGGACAAAGACAGCAGGGAAGGCCUCAUCAGCAGGGACGAGAUCACAGCCUACUUCAUGAGGGCCAGCUCCAUCUACUCCAAGCUGGGCCUGGGAUUUCCUCACAACUUCCAGGAGACCACCUACCUGAAGCCUACUUUCUGUGACAACUGUGCUGGAUUUCUCUGGGGAGUGAUCAAACAAGGAUAUCGAUGUAAAGACUGUGGGAUGAACUGCCACAAACAGUGCAAAGAUUUGGUGGUGUUUGAGUGCAAGAAACGGACCAAAAACCCAGCAGCUCCAAUGGAGAACACUUCCUUGACACCAACAUCCAACCUUUGCUCACUAGGAGGGAAAGAUCUGCUCUAUGCACCUGAGGAAGGAUCUUUUACAUUCCUAAAUGGCGAGGCUGUGGAACACAGUGAAGACAGUAAAGAUCGGACCAUCAUGCUGAUGGGAGUAUCCUCACAAAAGAUUUCUGUUCGGCUUAAGAGGACUGUUGCCCACAAGACUACCCAGACUGAAUUGCUACCCUGGAUUGGCAGUGAGGGCCCUUCUGGUCACUUUGUGCUGUCCUCUCCAAGGAAGACAGCUCAGGAUACCCUUUAUGUGCUUCCCAGUCCUACAUCUCCAUGCCCCAGUCCAGUGUUGGUCAGAAAGCGGGCAUUUGUCAAAUGGGAAAAUAAAGAGUCCCUCAUAAAAUCAAAGGAAGAGCUCCGUCAUCUCAGACUCCCAACGUAUCAAGAGCUGGAACAGGAAAUAAACACCCUGAAAGCAGACAAUGAUGCCCUAAAAAUCCAACUAAAAUAUGCACAGAAGAAAAUAGAAUCCCUUCAGCUUGAAAAAAACAAUCAUGUCUUAGCACAAAUGGAACAGAGUGACUGCUCUUAGCUAGAAACUCAAGCAGCACAAUGGGUACACUGGAGCUCUGCCUUCCUAAGCUGAUUAACACAAAGAUGCGCAACUUUAGAUGGACUGUCUUUAAAUGGAGUACUUUAAGAGAAAGCCACUUACUGUAUUGUUUUUUAAACCUAAGAUUCUUAAUGCACAGUACUGUUUCUCUGUCAGCUGACUCAAACUAGAAGAAAGCUGAAGGAUGCAAAACUUUUCAUAUUCCAUACUAGUUUGUUUUCCUUUCCAGAAUAGCAAGUGUCCUAAUACAUGACUAUAGUUUCCUAACAAGGUAGUGUCUCAUAUGGCCUUCUGACUGAUUCUUUAAACUAAACUUUCUGGAAAAUGAAUUGGCUUUAUCUCUGGGUUUUCUACAGAGGGAUUUCCUUUGUUCCAUAAGCUUUACUGACAGUGAAAAAAUACUCAUAUUCCAAAAGUAGUUGGACAUGUAAGUCCCAGCAUUCUUUGUGUAUCUGACUCCUGCUUCACUACCUCAGAUCUAAUCAUUCACCUCUUUCUCCUCCUUUGUCACUAUGCCACACAUAUAAACUUAUCUCCUAAGAAGGGAACUUCCAGAGAUGCAACCCUGGCUUUUUAGUGGUUAUUAAAUGUGACAUUCUCCAGACACAGAUCGAUUAGUUCUAAUCUUAAAGUUAUCAUAAAAUAAACUCGGUAUCUGGAAACAUAGCUACUACCAUCUCAUACAUGACUUGCUGACUAGCUAAAAUAAGCAUAAUGUAGACAUGUUUGUCCUCAUUAUACAGUGAAUAGAAAGAAGGAGGAAUUUAUGGGUUUUUUAAAGCAAGUCUGUAAAGAGUAUUUAAUCUUAAUGUUUCAACUUUUUUAAGUAAACUAUUUUUAAAAUUCUCUUUUGAACUAAUUUUGUGCUUAAACUGUCUUCACUAUUGAUACUACUUAGAGAAAUAAGCUAAUUGGAUCAGCAAUGUAAAUAAUUGCUGACAGCAUGUACAUAUGUAUAUAGUAUGUAUAUACAGUAUCAGGCACGCAUGUGGUUUAGACUUGGCUCCGUAAUUUUUUUUUUUUUUUUUUCCAAAAUACUAAGUAACAAGCCCAGUGAAUAUUCUGCUAUGGAGGUUAGUGAAUGAGCUCAGUUGGGGUCUAGGCAAUUAUUCAACCACUGACAAUCAUUUUCUUUGGGGGAGAAGGGUGGACUUAAGCUUCCAUGCUUGGAAAAUCCAGCAUCAGGCUGAUUUAUAAUUCAUAUACAAAGUGGCCAACUUCCAGGAAUAUAAUUGUAAUUAAAAGUUUCAAAUCUAAAGCCAAAGCAUCACAUCCUCAUAAGAAUACAAAACAUACAGUGUUGCCUAUAUACAGGAUUCAGAUAAUUUAAGAUUUUUUUGAAGUAUGAUUGCUUCCAUUUGCAUACAUCUUUGUACUAAGUUUUAGUGACAGAGAACUUAGAAAUGUUUUAUUAAAUUUUAAAGAACUGCUUCACACAUACUUUUUAUAAAUACAAAUUCAGAAAUCCUCAAAGCAGGGCUGCUUAGGUCCAUACCUGGAAUACUUUAUGAGCACUAGUACUAGAUUUAUAUGGAAUAGGUUAUGAAAAUGUUAAAAUUCAGAUUCUUAUUGACAGACUAAAUAUACCUCAAUUUUUUACAUAUAAUCAAUAAAUUUGUUCAGACUUUCCACUCAAAGACCUCAAGCUAGAUUUUACGUAAAUAAUCUGUAAUAUGUAGGAUUUCAAAAGGUCACAGUUAUUAAAUUAUCAUGCCUAGAUAAUCUUGGGCAGUGAACAGUGUUAUCACUGAAAUGAAUAUAGGGCCAAAGUAUCAUCACAGGUUUUAAAAUUCAAUAAGGAUAAAAGGAUAAUGUUAUCUUAAUAUUAUUUAUGUUGUACAGUGGGAGCUAGUGGAAUUUAUAGAAUAUUCCUGAAACAGUGGUUUACCCAACCUACAAUGCAAAUUAGUGUUUCUCAUACUGACUUGAAAUAGUUUGGACUGAUAUUUAUCUGCCAAGACAAAGAUAAUUCUUGUGUUAUUAAUAGUGCCACUCUCAUUUUUUUUUUUUUUAAUUCUCCCUUUCACUGACCAUUUGUGAAUCUAUCUUAAGGUAAAUAAUGUAAAAGGUCUGCAAGAAAAAAAUGUACAGGUUGUAAAUUUUUUGAUAAUGUAAGUCUACUUUGUGUAAUAUUUAUAUGAUAAAAAUAUCAGCAUCCCACAACAUACAUGUCUUGUGUUCCUUCUUCAGCUGCAUGAAUAUGUACAAAUCUCACCUGAAAUUUUACUAUCUGUUUAUGUGCGGACUACUCCUCUAUGAAAUAGUUUUGUCCUAGAAGCAAAAGCAAAGCAACUAGAUUAUUCAGUUUGAAUGUUCUGGUAUCUUUUGUAGCACAAAAUAACAGUACAGGAAUAUCCAGUCUUUUCUCAUAAUUAUUUACAGUGACCCUCCCAUGAAGUCUAAAAGUACAUUAAAGAGAAAAAAAAUUGA